AUCCCUAAUAAAGCAAAAAGUAAAUUCUGCAGAGAGCAGCCGUUCGUUUAGUGCAAAAAUGAUUUAAACCGGGAGCACAUCAAAUUCGCACACGCCCACGUCGAGAAUGUUCAAACGCACUUUUAAGGUGGUUUAUCGGCCAGUCAGGAGCAACUUUCUGGUGCUGCCGGACCAGUACUACGGCGUCGUUUCGACCUAUGACACGGGCUGCCUCAGUUUGCAGUACAAUGGGCGGGUGCACUACGCCUCCUGGGCGCCACAGGCGGGCGGUGGCGGCAUCAAAGACACCGAGAUUGGGAUCAAUGCCAGGGCGGCCAAGGAGAUCGGUCUGCACGAGAAUGAUCUGGUCAAGUGUGCGCUCAUCGCUGACGUUCUCAACCUGAAGAGCGUCCACGUUACCCCCGUCUCGUCCAAGGACUGGGAGAUCAUUGAACUAAGCACCGAAAAGAUCUCGGGCAGUGUGCUGGAGCAAACCCGCAUUGUGAACUCCACCCAGAUAUUAAUAGUUUGGAUUAACAAGUCCAUGCAAGUGGCGCUGACAGUGGAUCGCCUGAAGCCGCACAUGAAUUAUGGCAGAAUUGAUCAUAACACGGAACUCGUGGUGGCUCCCAACCUUUACAAGGGACUCACCAAUGGACAUUCUAAUGGUGCUGUCGAGGAGAACUCAAAACUCUCUAGAAGUAAAACCACUGCCCAAGUCAAGGAUGAACUGGCCGAAAAGCCAACGGCCUUGACUCAUUCCUCUACUGUGACCAAUGUGAAGAACACGGUGCAGCGCAACAAGCGACAGGAUCACAUGGAGCGUCUCAAAAAGGAUUUGCGCAGGGAAAGCUCUCGCAGCUUCGAGUUCCGAGUGAUUCGAGGUCUUUGGCGGGAACAGGCCCAGGAGUCGGAUGUCUUUAUCAACCGGAAGCAUCUACCCGAGUUCUUCGAUCUGGAUCUGUUCUAUUGCAUGCACACUGCCGGUGACAAGGAUUAUUAUGUGAGGGUGCGCACAAUGGAAGAGGAUAUAGAGGAUGAUAUACCUGGAACCAUUCAUCCCUCGAUCGAACUGAAUGCUAAUCUAAUGAAGUUGCUGGGCAUCAAGGAACUGGAGCGAGUUGUGCUUAGGCCCAAAACGACCGUGGUAAACUUUGUGGAGAAAAUUGAGCUAUUUGCCAACAAAAAGACGCACUACAAGAUCAUGGAAAAUGCAUUUAAGCGGUUUGUGAUAGAAAGAACUCAGCAGAAGCCCAUGCUCUUCAACCAGGAGGAGGUGGUGCGGCUGGAGGACGAUCUGCUGGUUACUGUCGGCAUUUUACCAGAACACUUUCGUUACUGCACGGUGGACGCUCAGUUCUUGAAGGAGUCCAAAAUCUAUGCGGCAGAUCUGGUGCGUCCGGUAAGCGAGAUUAUAAAGGAGCAGACGCCUCCGACUUCGCCACUGAGUGUCCAGGAUCUCAUACAGCUGCCGGAGUAUGAUAAGAUUGUUGACCAGGUAGUCCAAGAGCUGCGCAUGAAUUUAUGCCUAAAUGCCGAAAACUCCGUAAUGCGGCAAUGUAAUGUCUUACUCACUGGCGCCUCGGGAACAGGCAAAUCCGUUCUGGUUGAGCGAAUCCUGGACCAGUUGUCGGGCAAGCCAGAUUAUUGCUAUUUUGAGUUCUUUUACGGAUCACGAAGCAAGGGGCGCAAGACAGAGUCCAUACAGAAGGAUCUGCGCAACAUCUUCACCAGCUGCCUGCAGCAUGCACCUGCCAUCGUGGUGCUGGAAAACUUAGAUGUGCUCGCCCAUUCCGCUGGAGAGCAGUCCAGUCAGGAUGGCGAGUACUACAACCGCAUGGCGGACACUGUGCAUCAAUUGAUUGUGCAGUACACCAGCAACAAUGCUAUUGCCGUGAUAGCCACCGUAAAUGAGCUGCAGAGCCUCAACAAGCGUUUGAGUUCACCCAGAGGACGACAUGUCUUCCAGACUGUUGCUCGUCUGCCCAGUUUGGAACGAGCAGAUCGAGAGAUAAUUCUGCGAGAGCUUUGCAGCCAUAUCAAUGCAUCCAAGGAGUUGGAUCUUGUGAAGUUCUCCAACCUCACGGAGGGAUAUCGGAAGUGCGAUCUUGUCCAGUUCGUGGAGCGUGCAAUAUUUUAUGCCUAUCGCAUAAGCAAGGCCCAGCCACUUCUUACGAAUGAUGAGCUUAUAGAGUCCUUGGAACACACGAACUCCUACUGCCUGCAGGGAAUCCAGAGUAAUCAAAAGACUGGAAGCGAUGGAGAAGCUAAUGAAAUUCGCGUCGAGGAGCUGCCUGGCCUGGAGUCAGUUGUGGGCGUGCUAGAAGAGGUCCUUAUGUGGCCAUCACGAUAUCCCAGCAUUUUCAAUGCUUCACCCCUGCGCAAUCAAGCCGGAGUGCUCUUGUACGGACCACCAGGAACAGGAAAGACGUACUUGGUCUCCCAGUUGGCUACAUCCUGGAACCUGCGCAUCAUUUCCGUCAAGGGCCCUGAGCUGUUGGCCAAAUACAUUGGUCAGAGCGAGGAGAAUGUUCGAAACCUGUUCAAUCGAGCACGCAGUGCACGACCUUGUGUGCUUUUUUUCGACGAGUUCGACAGCUUGGCGCCGAAGCGUGGUCACGACUCAACGGGGGUCACGGAUCGAGUGGUAAAUCAACUGCUCACCGAAUUGGAUGGCGUUGAGGGUCUGCAGGGAGUCACCGUCAUAGCAGCGACCUCCAGGCCGGAGCUGCUAGAUCCCGCGCUCCUUCGAUCCGGUCGCAUUGAUCGCAUGGUGGAGUGUCCUCUUCCGGAUGCCUCGGCCCGGGUACGAAUCUUCGAGGCCCUCAGCUCAACCCUCAGCCUCGAUGAGUGCGUGGAUUUCGAGUGGUUUGCCGGAAGGACUUCGAACUACACUGGCGCUGAUAUCCAGAGCAUUCUGACUUCGGCGAACAUGGCAGCUGUUAAGGAGGCGUUAGCUCAAUUUGGACACGAGAAACUACCAAAGAAAAUCUCGUUGAAGCAGAAACACCUUGUCGAGUCCUUCCAAACCACACGGCCCUCGCUCAGCGCCUCCGAUGUGGCAAAAUAUCAUAAAACGUAUGUUCGCUUUACCAACAAGGAGAAGACCUCCAGGGAGUUUGUAGCCAAGCGCGCGACCUUGGCUUAAAGAAAAAGACUUAAUUAGCUUAGCAUUAUCAUUAUCUUUAAUUGUAUUUCGUAUAUUUGUAUAUCGACAAGAUUUUGUUGGGAGACGUAAGUCUUUGGGUAGUGCAUAUUUCAUAACUCUUUUUGUUGAGAAAUAAAAAACGAAUUUGUUUUAAUUAUG